CCCUAAAUUCUCGAGCACACUUUCCCAGCAGCUAUAUAAACCCUAAUUCCCAUUUUCCUUCUCAUUUUUGUUCUAUUUUUCCCUCUCUUUUCCCUCCCUCCCCUUUUGAAAAACCCUAACCCUAAUUUCCUCGCCCAAAAAGAUGUUGGAACUCCGCCUUGUUCAAGGAAGUUUACUGAAGAAAGUUCUAGAAUCGAUUAAGGAUCUGGUGAACGAUGCGAACUUCGAUUGUUCCGCCACCGGAUUUUCUCUGCAAGCCAUGGAUUCCAGCCACGUGGCACUGGUGGCGCUGUUGCUCCGAUCUGAGGGUUUUGAGCAUUACCGGUGUGACCGGAACAUUUCAAUGGGGAUGAACCUUGGUAACAUGGCGAAAAUGCUCAAAUGUGCUGGUAAUGAUGAUAUCAUCACUAUCAAGGCUGACGAUGGCAGUGAUACCGUCACUUUCAUGUUUGAAAGUCCAACGCAAGACAAGAUUGCUGAUUUUGAGAUGAAGCUAAUGGACAUUGACAGUGAGCAUCUUGGGAUUCCUGAAGCAGAGUACCAUGCUAUUGUUAGAAUGCCUUCUGCUGAGUUUGGUAGAAUUUGCAAAGACCUUAGCAGCAUUGGAGAUACAGUUGUUAUCUCGGUGACAAAGGAAGGUGUUAAAUUCUCAACCAGAGGUGACAUUGGUACUGCUAAUAUUGUUUGCAGGCAAAAUACAACUGUUGACAAGCCUGAAGAAGCUACAGUUAUUGAGAUGAAUGAGCCGGUAUCAUUGACAUUUGCUCUGAGAUAUUUGAACUCCUUUACAAAAGCAUCUCCGUUGUCUAACACGGUGACUAUCAGUUUGUCCUCAGAGCUUCCUGUCGUUGUUGAGUACAAGAUUGCGGAGAUGGGCUAUGUUAGGUAUUAUCUGGCACCUAAGAUCGAAGAGGAUGAAGAGGAAACCAAGCCUUGAUUUUAUGUUUUUAGAUUUAUUUUGAGCCUCGUUUGGAAUGAUGCAAGCUCAUUUGAGUCUUUCAAGCAAGCAAUAUGUAGCUUUAGCUUAGACUGGCGAGACAUUUUUAAUUUUGUGUUUAAUCAAUGAUAUCUUGUAUUUCCCGCUGUUUUGGUCC